AUGGACACCAUGGGUCAGGUCAUGAGAGCUGCGGUCGGGGUUGGUUUCUGGAUCAACGCGGUGAAUAUGGCCAAGGAAUUCAAGCCCCACAUCUUCAAGCACGACUGCGAUGUGUGCCACCGCACCGGUAUCCUGACGUGCCAGAAGUGCAACGGCAUCGGCCACAGACAACGCACCGUCUUCAAGAAGUUCGACGCCACGAAGAUCACGCUGGAUGACGAGAAGGACGACAACGGGUACCACAAGUGCACCUUCUGCAAGGGAAGCGGCGUGGAGGACUGCAAAAAUUGCGCCGCGAAGGGCUGGAUCUACCUGCCCUUGAUCAACGUGCGCAAGUUUCAGCCUCACCCGAUGUUCGAGAACUAUCACUGGAACAGGAAGAGGCAGAUCGCCCCGCAAAGGCAAUACGAGCUCAAGUUCCAGAAGAAUGUGUUCACCGAAAUGCUAGAUGCGGGCGACGCGGAGUCAAAGAGACUGCAGGAGGAGGCGGAGAGCAGGGCGCGCGCGGAGAGGAGAGCACGCAAGGCGGCCAAGGCGGAAAAAGCGAAGAAGGGCAAGAAGGACAAGAAGGACAAGGACGGGAAGGACAAGAAGAAAAAGAAGAAGGCUGCCGCGUGA